AUGCUGCAGCAUGACAUGACAGAAGAUGCUGCAGCAUCCCUGACAGAAGAUGCUGCAGCAUCCCUGACAGAAGAUGCUGCCACCACUUGUCAGGGUGCGAGGGAGGUGCAGGAUGGCGCAGAGGGAGGUGUGAAGGAGGUGCCCAGGCUGCCGGAACAGGACUGUAUGCAGCUGAACCCUUCUCUGUGUGGCAUCGCACUCAGCUCUCUGCUGGCCAUAGACAUCAGCCUGUCCAAGCGGCUGGGAGUGUGUGCGGGGCCCCGGGCCCCAUGGGCCACCCUGCGCUCCAUGGUUACCUUGCUGGCCCUCACCGGACAUGCACUGCCCUGGCUCUGUGGCAUCCUGAUAUGCCUGAGCAGGAGCAACACCCUGGCUGGACAGGAAGUGCUGGUCAAUCUGCUGAUGGCUCUGGUCUUGGAUGUGAUGACUGUAGCAGGGAUGCAGAAGCUGGUGAGGCGUAGAGGACCAUGGGAUUGUCCUCCGGGUUUCUUAGACUACAUCGCCAUGGAUACGUAUUCCUUCCCAGCAGCUCACGCCAGCCGCGCCGCCAUGGUGUCCAAGUUCCUGCUUAACCACCUUGUUCUGGCGGUGCCGCUGCGGAUCCUGCUCUACCUGUGGGCGUUCCUGGUGGGUGUGUCCCGUGUGUUGCUCGGGAAACAUCACCUGUCAGAUGUGGGCUGUGGCUUCGCCCUGGGCUUCCUGCACUUCAGCCUUGUGGAGAUGGUCUGGUUGGACUCGGUUACCUGCCAAACUCUGAUCUCCAUUGGCACACUGCGCUGGACUCCACUCAUAUAG